AUGAAUGGAGAUGACAUGAUUCCAGGAUCUCCAGUGACUGAUAAGAGAGCCAUCAUCUUGGCUGUCGUUUUAUUAUUUUUGUGCCUUGUGGCAGCAGUGAGCAAUGGCUUCAUCACUGCAGCUCUGGACGUGGAGUGGUUGCUACAGAGAACACUGUUCCCUUGUGAUAAGUUAUUAGUCAGCCUGGGGGCCUCUUGCCUCUGUCUGCUGGGUGUGAUGAGGAAGACCAUUUAUAUUUUCCUGUAUCCAGAGGCCUUCCCAUCCAACCUUGUACUGCAGUUCCUAGCCUUCUGGCGGGACUGGCCAUCUUAUGGUUCUCCACCUACCUAGCUCAGUGUCUUCCAUUGCAUGAAAAUUGCAACAUUCACCCUCCCCAUCUUCCUCUGGCUAAAAUAGAAGGUGUCUGGGUUGGUUGCAUGGACUGUAGGGCUCUCCAACUUGAGCACCAUCUUUUUCAUAGGCAACCAGAGCUUGUAACAGUACUUUGUAAGGAGAAGGUUGCAAUCUGGGAAUGCCAUUGAGAAUACCGUAAGACCAUAUGAGAAAUUCUUCUUCUUCUAUUUAAAACUUGUUAGCUGGACAGUCGUUACCGUCGUCUUCCUUUUUGGCAGUUUGGUCAUGUCUCUGGAAAGACACACUAAGAAGGUCUGCCUGUAUUGUGGCUUUUGUGAGCCCAGUGCCCAGGCGCACAACCAGGUUCUCCUGGUUCUCAUGUCCUUAUCCGUCCUCUCCACCUCCUGUUUUCUGUCACCGGUGCUCAGUGCUGCAGGUGUUUUUCCAUUUUGGGACCCUAGCUACUGGGUGUGGCAGGCAGGGAUUUAUCUGUGCUCAGCAGUCCCCAUCACUGCACUUGAGCAACCCCUGGCCGAGAGGUGUGGUGGAGAGGGGCUGCUGUGCAGGGUGCUGGGCAUCGUGAGUUGCGACUGA